GCCUGCUUUAGCUACAUUGCAUGCUGGGAGCUGGGUCGCCGCCCUAGCAACAAGCUGCAGAGAUAAAACAUCCGCCCUGGCUAACCAUCAUCAGCUGGUCUCGUUUAGGAAUAAGGAUAUUUUAACUUGGGCUUUUUCUCAAACUUAAAAUGGACGGUUUGCAAACAGGGGAUCCUCGGUAUCUGAAAAGGAGAGUGAAGGGCUGUACCCUGGAUGUGCAUCCGACUGAGAGGGCUCUUAUCAUUCAAUAUGAGGUGGAGGCCACUGUCCUGGGAGAGCUGGGGAUCCCAAUGAUUGGAGAACGCAAAGAGUGUCAGAAAAUUAUUCGUCUGAAAAGCCUCAACGCGCACACGGAUACGUCCUCUUUGGCUCGGAAGGUCGUGGAGGAAUGUCGACUGAUUCACUCUUCCAAACUCCUCGAGGUGGAGCAGCUGCUCUUUUAUUUGCAAAACCGCAAACAGUCAAAUGACAACCAAGAGAAGAAACUCAUCUCAUCUCGAGAUGUCAAACCUUACACAGGAGUGGAGCUGGACGAGGAGGCUAACAUAAACAGCAUCGAUGAGUAUGUGGAGCUGCUGUAUGAAGACAUCCAGGAGAAGAUCAGAGGAGCCACCCUCAUUUUCCAACUAGCUCGAAACCCAGACAACCUGGAGGAACUCAUACAGAACGAGGCGGCCAUUGGAGCCCUGGCCAGAGUCUUGAGGGAGGACUGGAAGCAGAGCGUGGACCUGGCCACAACCAUCAUCUAUGUCUUCUUCUGCUUCUCCAGUUUCUCCCAGUUCCAUGGCCUGGUCACACAUUUCAAGAUCGGAGCCCUGUGUAUGAAUAUUAUUGAGCAUGAGCUGAAGAGAUAUGACCUCUGGCAAGACGAACUACAGAAGAAGAAAAAAGCACAUGAAGAAUUCUCUGAGAACCAAAAUCUGAAAAAAGAACAUGAGAAGUCUUUCAGAAAGUACCAGAGCCUUCUGAUCAAACAGGAGCAUCUUCUCAGAGUGGCUCUGGGCCUGCUGCUGAACCUGGCUGAAGACACCCGUACAGAGCUAAAGAUGAGGAAUAAAAAUAUCGUCCACAUGCUGGUGAAGAUCCUGGACCGGGAGGACGAGGAGCUGCUGCUGGUGGUGGUGUCCUUCCUCAAGAAGCUCUCCAUCUUCCUGGAGAACAAGAAUGAUAUGGCUGAAACAUUUGCCGUGGAGAAGCUGGCUCAGCUGGUUCCCUGCAAGCACGAAGAGCUCCUGAGCACCAACCUACGCCUCCUGCUCAACCUCUCCUUCGACACGACGCUGCGCAGCCAGAUGGUCCAGGCAGGACUCCUUCCCAGAUUCUCAUCACUGCUCGCUGACGAGGGCCAGAGACAGUUCAGCAUGUGCAUUCUGUACCACAUCAGCAUGGACGACAGAUUCAAGUCCAUGUUUGCCGAUACAGACUGCAUACCGCAGCUGAUGAAGAUGCUGUUUGACUGUGGGGAGAAGAAGAUCGAUGUUGAACUCAUCUCACUCUGCAUCAACCUGGCUGCUAACAAGAAUAAUGCGCGGAUCAUCUGUGACGGUAAUGGUCUGAAGAGGCUGAUGAAGCGUGCUCUGAAGCUUAAGGAUGUUCUGGUGAUGAAGAUGAUCAGAAAUCUUUCUCAGCACAACGGACCCACCAAGAGCCUCUUCCUGGACCAUGUGGGUGACCUGGCAGCUCAGAUCAUUGAGGACGAGGCCGAGGAGUUUGUGAUCGAGUGUAUGGGCACAAUGGCCAAUCUCACCAUCCCUGACCUGGACUGGCAGCUUGUACUAAAGGAGUACAACCUAGUGCCCUACCUGAAAGACAGACUUAAACCAGGUUCUGCUGAGGAUGACCUCAUUCUGGAGGUGGUGAUCAUGAUCGGCACCGUAUCCAUGGAUGACUCGUGUGCUGCCAUGCUGGCCAAGUCAGGCAUCAUUCCUGCUCUCAUCGAGCUGCUCACUGCCCAACAGGAGGAUGAUGAGUUUGUGUGUCAGAUUGUCUACGUUUUCUACCAGAUGGUGUUCCACAAAGCUACCAGAGACGUCAUAGUCAAAGACACGCAAGCCCCAGCGUACCUCAUCGACCUGAUGCACGACAGCAACACAGAGAUCCGCAAAGUCUGCGACAACACGCUGGAUAUCAUCGCUGAAUAUGAUGAGGAGUGGGGAAAGAAGAUCCAGAAUGAGAAGUUCCGCUGGUACAACGGUCAGUGGCUGGAGAUGGUGGAGAACCGUCCAUUGGAUGAAGCGGGAGAGCCCUUCCUGUUCGGGGAGGAUGGAGAGUCCUAUAUGGGGGAGAGAGACAUCAUGGAGAGACCCGACCUGUUCUACAGCCCUGAUGGGAUAACGUCAACAGAUGGUGCCAUCAGUCCGGAGUUCUACACAGACUUCCAGGAUGGAGAGCUGGGACAGUCUGGGUACAUGAGCAGUGUGUCGGAGCAGUUUGUCUCAGCAGAUCGACCAGUCAGCGCCUACGGCUUCCGCCCGGAUGAACAGUUUUUCUUCAACUACAACACUGCCUCUCGGUAAAAUCCUGGAACCUGUCACUCAUAAAUACUGUACUCAUGUCUCUGAUAUUCACUGUAUGCUACUAAAGCUGUGUCUACUGUGGAGGAAGUCAGUUUGUUUUCUUGAACAAAGUGUGAUUUUGUUUUUUUAAAGCACCAAAAAACAACCGCAACAUCCUUAAAACUCUGAAAGUAUGUGAUUUAGAGACAUAUUUUUUGUCUUAAUAAACGUAAAACUAAACAAUCCCGUCUAUGGUGGUCAGAUUACAUUUCAUUUGACUUUCAUUCUGACAUUUCUUUUAAAUAUAAUUGUAAUGUGCUUAAGUGAUUCAAGCACACAUGCUGUGUAUCAAAGCCUUAUCAUUUUCUUUUUCAUUAAUACAAUAUCAAAAAGACAAAGGAAAAACAUCUACAUUUUUCAGAAGACAGCAUUUGCUUCCAUUCUUGCAAAAAAAUGAUUUAACUGAGCGUCAAUUUGAGGAUCAUCAAAGCAUUGCAGACCUAAUCGAACCAUUGAGUAACACACUAAACAAGUAGUUUUACAUAUAUAUUAAGGUAUUUUGGUAAGACUUAAUUUCUUGCUUAUUUCUUGGACUUCUGCUGAAAAUGUUAUUUGGUACAAAUUAUAGGAAAAAAACUGUUAAAUUGGUGCAGUUUUAAUUAAUUGUUGAUUUAACUGGAAGUCUUUGAGUCAGUGUUAAGCAGGUCAAAUGGAUUUAUUAGUCAUCAAUAAACCAGCAUUUAAAAACUCAAAUAAACUCUCAGAUUACUGUCUGCAUAAUAAGAACCAAACUGCAUAUUUGUCUUUAAGGAAUGUUGUAGAAAAAUAUUACAAAAUGCACCAUAAGAUAAAAAGAAUUCAGUAUUUUCUUGGUUUUGCACGCGCACACACACACACACGCACGCACGCACACACGCACGCACACACACACACACACACACACACACACACACACACACACACACACACACACACACACACACACACACACACACACAAGCUCUGCAGUACACUGUAAACAAAGUAUUAGUGUCAUUUAUCUCUAUUUCUGUGAAUGUAAUUCAUUUCACUCUCUCUUUAUUUAGAGGUUUUUUUCUUUGUUCAGUAUAUCAAAUGAAUGGAACGCAUACUAUUGUAGUGAACCCAUAUUUAGAAUGUAAUCUCUCACAGAUGUUGGAUUACAGCUUUUUGAUAUUUCUCAGCAGUGUGUCUGUGAUUGUCUGAAAAUAAAAAGUUGUGCAUCAUAAAUAAAUAUUUAAAGCCUGAA